AAUGCUUCAUAGGCAGUUCCAUCUGGAGGAGGAGGCGGCGGCGGCGGCGGCGGCGACAAUGACGAUGGGGAAAGAGGGCAACGGCGCUUACCGUGGACUGAAGCAGAUAAUCUACGUCUGGAACGGAAAAAAGGGAGAAGUUUACUGGAAAGAAGUCACAAAAGAGUAUAAUGAAAACAGUCCAGUUGAUCGCAGGAGGAAGCCCAUCCAUUGCAAGGAUCACUGGGGAAAAAUGAACUGUAAAAUUGUGGUUUUCAAUGGCAUCUGGUGCAGAUUAAAAGAUGUUUAUGUUAGCGGCCAAUCGGACGAAGAGCUUAUGUACAAGGCAUAUGAUAUGUACAAGGAGGAAACAAAACAAUCAUUUACUCUAGUGAACUUAUGGAGGGAGGUUCAUAACCAACCAAAGUGGAAUAGAAUGUACGUGGAUAAUACUGCCCCUCUGAAUCUUGAUCCCAUCAAUGUGGACCCCGAAGAAGGUGAAACUCGUCCAGAAGGAUCAAAAGCUGCAAAAGCAACAAAGAAUGGAAAAGGUAAAGGCACACAUGACACUUAUUCAAGUAGUAUAUCACAUGAUGACAUUCAACUAUAUUAUGAAACACAAACUCUACGAGCAUCAACAUCAGAAAGAACGUCAGAGGUACAUCUUCAACUAUCCAGUGAAAAACUGGCGACAGCACAAGCACGAGAGAGAACAGCACUUGUCACCAGUGAGAAGGCAAUUAUGGAAAAAUACAUGGAUCUUGUAAUGGCCAACACCAAUGAGUUAUCUGAUUUCCAGCGAAUGGAGCAUGAGACGGCGCUGUGAUUUUUUCACAAUAAAAUAAUGGGUGCGGAGAAUAACCAUGACGACUUAUGAGUGCACCAAUCAAUCUUUUUUUAAUUCUUUUUUGUUUAAUUCAAAUAAAGAAGCAUCAAGAUUUUGUUUCCUAUAUAAUUUUGUAGUAUCUUUUUUGUUUACUUCAAAUAAAGUAGCAUCAAGAUUUUAUUUCCUAUAUUAUUUUGUAGUAUCUUUUUUGUUUACUUCAAUAAAGUAGCAUCAAGAUUUUGUUUCCUAUAUUA